AGCGCAGAUCAAUGGCCAUGGGGACAGACCAGGUGGUGGGACUCAGCCUCAUUGUGGUUAGCCUCAUCAUCUUCACCUACUACGCCACCUGGGUGAUUCUUUUAAUCCCCAGCACUAACUUAGGGCAACCAUUCAUUGACAGCCAGCAUGUCAUCCACAAGUAUUUCCUGCCCCAGCCCAUGCUGUUGCCAUCCCCACUAGCUGCUGGCCUCCUGCUGCUCCUGUUGGUGGGACUGUUCAUCACCUAUGUGAUGCUGAAGAACCAGAAGGUGACCAAAAAGGCUCAGUGAGGGCCCAGCGGGGAUGCAGCUGCCU